AUGGCGGGCGAUCCGCCGGCUGACUGCGAGAAGCUCCCGGAUAUCACGGACCAGGUGGCGGAGCGGCUCCUACGCAGCCUCGAGCUGAUGGAGGCAGAUUAUCAGAGAACGUUGGCCGCAGAGCCGGUCGCGCCACAGCCGCUUCAACCAACCGGCCUCCUUCAUGAACAAGCUGACACGGACGAGGAGUGUGCCAGCGGUGGCGAGCACGGCUAUGCCGCAUUGGGCUCUGAAGGAGGACGCUCCAUGACGCUGCGUGUUGUCCUGCCUCUUGCGGUUCGUGGCACUGAGCUUGACUUGGGCCUUGACAGGAAGCGAUGA